ACAACCAUUUGAACCAUUUUGAAAAUAAUCAUCCUAAGUAAGGAGGUCCUUUCGAAAAAGCGCGUUAUGGCCCUUACUGGUUGAUGUCAAACGUAUUCGCCCAUCAUAGUGGGGAUGACGUCACAGAUUGGGUGGAGCUGCUUGGAGAUACCUGGUCGGUGGUCUGUGACUCAAGAGAGUAAACAGGCUUAAGUAACCAAGCAACACAAAGCACUCAGUAACUGUUGUGAAAGUCAGGUCUAGUUGGCGUUAGAACUCCAUAGUUCAGCUGACAGAGUAAGUUCUCUGUCAAAAGUAACACAAAUAACACUCUCCAUAAAUUCGUAAUGCAAGGAACUGUUUUCAAUUGAUCUGUGGAAUAAUACUGGUUUAUUUUGUGGAGUUAACAAUUAUGUUAUCGCAUAAUUCGAAUCACGAAAAAACACCUGUAUGUGAAAAUUUUCCUGGCAAUACAACCGAUGGCUUCAUCAAACCUUCUUUACCUCCGUUUAUUUCAAACAUUUUAGACCUGUUAACCGAUGAAGAACUUAAACGUCGUUUAGAAUCUGUCUUGUUAGACAGAGAAUCGGAACUAUUAGAAUCUCAGUCAGCCUGUAAAGAUGCACAGAAUGAGGCCGUAGAGUCACGAAAACAGUUAGUCAAACUUGAACUUGAAUUGGCAAAUAUUAAAAGCGCUGCAGAAAUGUUAAUGACUGAACAUGAGGAUGCCUUAUUAACCUUGAAAAGACAGUAUGAUGAAGAGUUGUCCUCGCUGCUGAUAGCUUCUGAACAGGGUUAUUUACAUCAGUUUAUAGAUGGUCAAUGUUCAAACGAUACAUCACAUUCAUCACCAACUGAAAAUGAGAAUUGUCCAACCUCCAAAUCAUCACUUCUUAUCACUGAAAAAAAGUCAGCUCAAAGUUUAGCUAAUCAAGCAUUGGAUAAAGUAGAGAAAUUAGUUCGACGUGUUGGUCAUAAAGCACUAACGAAUAAUUUUAUUUUAAACAAAUCCACUGUUUCAUCUUUUUGGGCAAAUCAUGACAUUGGUUCAAACAAAGAGGAGGAUAAUGAUGAUGACUAUAUACGAGCAAUAAUUGAACCUUACGAAACAGAAAUUACACGUCUACAACAAAUUUUGAUCAAUGCUUCGAUUCCAUUCACUAAGACAAUAUUACAUCCUAAUUCAGCAACAAGUUAUAAGUUAUCAGAGGAGAAAAUUGUCAAUAAAAUUUCUCAUAAUUCAAAUAUGAAGAUAGAAAUUUCUGGAAACAAUAUUGACAAUAAUAAUAAUAAUAAUAAUAUGGUUGAUCCUGCUAGUAAUCCGAGUAAUUCAAUUCAGAGAUCAUGUGACCAAAUGACAGAAAAGCAUUCUAUGCACAAAUCACCUGAUAAUUGUAAUGAUCAUAUCAAUUCGGAUGAUGACAGAAAUACUCAAUCGACUGUUGUCACACAACCAAUGUGUGAUCAUUCUACAUCUUUUGAAGGGCAAAUCUACCUAACCGAUACAAUGAAAAAUUUACAAAAACAGCUUUCCACCGUUAAAAAUGAAUUAGAUUUGAAAAGCCACGCUUUGAAAGUUGCUACAGAUCGUCAAUUAGAAUUGGAAAAUGCCCUUAAAACUCAAGUUGCUGAACAAACAUCUAAAAUAGAAAAAAUUAGUACAAUUUCUAAUCAGUUGGGUCAACGAUUAGAUAGUUUGCAGUUAAACUACCAAUCUUAUCGCGAAACAACUGAAAAAGAAAUAUCCACUUUAUUAGUUGAGCGUAAAAUUGCUAGUACAAAUCUAGAAAUUCUUCGUUCACAUUAUGAUGCUCUGGUUGGUAGACGUUCACAAGCUGCUAUUGAAUUAAGUAGACAACCAAUUCAAUUACCUAAUGAGAAAGAUGAAUUAGAACAUUUGACGUUAAAAUUAUAUGAAGAAAACUUAUCAUUUCGUGAAGCACGUGAUCAUUUAGAAGAAUGUUUAAAGAAGGAAACUGAAACUCACAGAGAACAGCUAGCAAAUGAACAACAAGAGCGUAUUAAUUUUGAAUCGUCAAUUCUACAAGAAUUGGAAGAUGCACGUAGACGUCUAGCUGAUCUUGCCAAUAUUACAACUGAACGUGAUAAUGAAACUGUUCUAAGACAGAAAUGUGAAGAUGAAUUAAAAAUGUCCAAAUCUAAGUUGAAUGAAAUACAGGCUAAAUAUGAACUGACUGAAACUAAUUUAACUGAAGCUCAGAAAAGAAUUAUUGAUCUACAAGAUCAAGUUAUUCGAUUGCAAAAUGAUUUAGACAAUGUGGAAUCGGUUCAAGCUGAUUUUGUUCGUUUGUCACAAAAUUUACAAGUUCAACUGGAAAGAUUGAGACAACAAGAUCAAGAAGUAAGAUGGAUUAGUCCAGAUGACGUGACCAACUGUUUUUCGUGUAAUUCAGCAUUUCCAGUUGGACUUUCUAAUAGUAACAAUUCGAAAAAAAUCAAUUGUCGUCAUUGUGGUAAAGUUCAUUGUUCCAAUUGUACAAAGAAUACUAUGCCAGCUGGACCAUUUGGUCAUCCGGCUGUUGUAUGUGAUGUAUGCCAUACAUUGUUGAAUAAAAAUAUUGCUCCGUAUUUCAGCACAACAUCAUUAAAUAAUAAUAAUAAUAAUGGUAAUAAUAAUCAAAGGGAUCACUUUCCAUCUUCUAAACGUUUCAGUCUGUCAUCGCCUACACAAUCCUCAACUAAUCUAUCAACUAAACCUUCUUAAUAACACUUAUUCAUCAUUUAUCCUUUCAUAAUAUCAAAUUACUACUGUUUUGUCUCUGCUCUUUCGUUUAAAUUUCUCUUCUAAUCUAACUGAUCUAUAAUAAAUUGUUUGAGCUGUCAUAAAUUAAUUGCAUAAUCUUUACCCUUUUUUACUUCACUUCCUUCACAGUGUAUACACAAAUUAAUUAUUAUAUAUUAUUUUGCCUUUUUAUGUAUUUAUUACUGUUUUAAUGUUUACUUUAUACUUCUUUGAAUUAUUUCUUCAUAUAGACUUGUAUGUGUGUAUGUGAAUCCCAUACGCUAAUGAGUUUGUGUUCAUGUGAUGACAGAUAUCGUCACAUAACCGUAUUUGUGCGUUUUUUUUGUAUGAACUCAAUCAAGUUUGUAUAUUUAUGUUACUUUUGUUUUAUUCAUUUAAAUAUUGACUGUACCAUCUUAUUAUUAUUAUUAUUACUUUCAUUAUUAUUACUAUUAUUAUACAUACAUGUCUUUCAAACUUAAUGUUUGUGUCCGUUUAUUUGGUUUUCUUCAUCAGCAAGAUGUGCUACUUUGUUUUCAUUUCAGUAGUAUAAAAUAUGUAUUCGUUUUGUUUUGAAAAAGCACACAUUAGUUUGCCUAUACGAGUAUUAGCAUGAAAUUUAUUAAUUAUUCUAUUCAUAUUAAACAUAAUAAGAAACUAUUCCAUUCUUACUUAUUUAUCUAUUUUUUCGAUAUGUUGAUUAUGUUAAACAUGAUCACGUAUCAAUCAUUUUUGACGAUUUAUAUGAUAAUGUGAACAAAACAACAAUGAUAAACAGUUCUUUAGAUUUUUAUGAAUUUAAUUCAUUUCUUACUUUUUGAAUCGCUAGCUGAGGAAAAAACAGACUUAACAAGGAGAUUUAAAUAGGCAAUAGUGAAACGUGUCCGUCGAGUGUAUAGGUGUAGUUAAUAAAAUGUAAGUUGAAAAGUCAACUAUUUCUGUUUUCUUCCUCACACGCUUCCUGAUCCUAACAAUAUAGGUAUUUAUUAUGAUUGUGGAAAAAGCUUCUGAUUGUUUCAACGUGACAAAUCUGACAUGUUAUCGAGAUUGCAAAUCAAUGUAAGACAAAGAGCCAUUGAAUGAAUGGACAGCUGUUUAGCAACGAAUAUCUACGACCUCUUACCAGAGGUUAAACCUGACACCUUGAAUCUCUCGCUCGGUCGAUUAAUCUCUAGAUCACUGAGCCGGGAUCUCUUGGUAUACAAGGCUAACUUCAACCCAAUCUUGCUGUCGUGCGACUAUAUUCCAUUGUAUGCGGUGGGUACCUUUCUCACAUCUGACAUGAGUAGACUCCAGUGGCCACGGCUUCUGAUUGAAACUCCAGGAAUUCUCUCGGAUCUAAUCAACACAUGAUGUGGCUCGGUGUUUGGAAGAACAGUAACACUAGACGAAACCUUAUUCAUGAUCCAAUCACUGAUUUACAUUUAUAUCAUUGCAGUUAGUAAAGAUGGGCGUCUUUUUUAUUCAGGAAUAUCAUACCAUUUGAUAUUCACCAUCAUUUUUGUAUCUGUAAUUGAAUUUCUUAAUCUUGGCACUGUUAAACUGCAAAUUAUAGUAGAUAAUGACUUGUAUUACAGCGCACUUCAUUAGCCGUAUUUGAUGUGAUUAAUUUCAUUUACCUUAUCAUUGUCAAUGGUUGUUAUAGUAGGUCUCCAUUUUAUUUAAUUUCGCUCAAAUUGUUUUGUGCAUAUACAAAAUGGCAAUGUUUCUAUAUCAUUCAGAUCAUAACGUUUAUAGAUUUUCACACACACACAGAUGUGAUCAUUUAAAUCGUUUUCAUUUACGAACUCUUCCUGUCUAAAAAAUUCUUGUUUUAAAAUUUUUGGCAGUUUUCUCUGAAUAGUCAUGAACUAUCUUAUGUCUUACUGUUUAAACUCAAAAUAAACAUCUAUGUUUUUUUACAGAGACUGCUUAGUAAUUAAUUAUUUUGUGACAAUAUGAUCAGAAAAAUUAAUGUUUCCCAAUAUUUAAAUAAACAACUAGUCGGUUGAUUUAAUUUCUUAGAAAAAUUACAUAAAAUGCUAAAGAUUGAAAUAUAGAUUCGAUAAGAAACUAUAAAACUUAGGUGCGUAUCUUUCUUAGUAUAAAGGUCUAUUAUCCGUGAUGCCGUUUGUGUUAUUUUUGUCCAACCUUAUCAGUCAUACCUACCUUGUGAGAGAGUUCUUGUUCCCGAGGUUUCUUUCGUUUUCAAAGUCUAUUCAUUGUCGAGAUUCAAGAAUCGGUUGUGUGCGAACAUUUUAUUAAUUCAAUAAUCAUUGUCAUUAGUGUUGAUUGUGAUAAUUCUAUCAAGGAUAUGUAAAACUUAUAUUUACUGAAACUAUAUAAUUUCUCUGUCUAAUAAUAUCUUGCAUAGUUACUUGAUACUGACCAUACUAUAAUAUAUUUUAUUGUAAUUCAUAACAUUUAAUUUCCUGUAUAUGCAAAACCCUGUCCAUUGCAAGGUUGAUUGACAAUUCAUUUUUAACGUUAUGUCAUCAAUUGAAAAUAAUUAAACAUAUUAACUUUUAUGCAAUUUGAUUGAAAAUAACGAAACCCAAUGAAUUUAUUGCAUUCGACUAUUUUCAUAUCCUAUGGUCCGUCAAAUACCACAUGACGAAUCGCCAUUCAGAAUACCGACUCUUAUGAACUUGUUUCGUGUCAAACAGCAUUAGCAGCCUUGAGUCAACUCUCAAUCCUUAUUGUUUCUCUGUAUAGUAACUGCUCGCCUCGACCAGCUCGUUCAGCCCAGAACACAAAUAUCAGCCUUCUCUGUGUAAAUCGUAAAUAUUAGUCAUACAUAUUUUAUAUGCAAACAGACUAGACCGCAUCACAUCAUAAAAUGAAAAAUAAUAAUUAUAAAAGAUCAAGACAAAAGUGGCUGUGAGUGUGGGAUACUUUAACUGAUAAGUUGAGAAUAAUUAAAUAAUGGUAAAUCGUAUUGACUCAUGAUCUCAACUAUUG